AACCAGGCGAAGGCGCCCACACACACUCUCUCUCCCAUCCCGUCUUCUCCCUGGCCUGGCCUCUCUCUCUAUUAGUUCCCAAAUCGCAGCAGCAGGAGCAACAGAUCCAAUACAUACUAGGUUCCAUUGCAUCACACAUCAGUCACCCAAACCAUCAAAUCGCACACGCCCAUCAAAUCACACAGGCAGGCAAGGAGGAGAGAGAGAGGGAGAGGGAGAAGGAGGAGGAGGAAGAUGAGAGAGAGAUGCUACUACUAAAGCAGCAGUCCAUCUAUCCAUCAAUCAGGUAGCUCGCCAGCAAUCGCGUGCCGCCUUUCCACUCACGUACACCACCACCACCUCUCAGCUCGGUUCGUUCGUUGCCGCGUCAAAUCGGGGCAAGGAGCCAGUAGUCCGGCCUGUUGCUUGGCGUGCUCUGCUGUUGCUUGCACCACGUACCUGAAGAAAAGCAAGCAGCGAUCGAUCGGUCGGUCGGUGGCUGUCGUCGGCCGGCACGGCAGCAUGUCGUCCUCCUCGUCCUCGUCCUCCGCGGCCUCCGCCUCCGCCGUGUUCCCGCCGUCCCCGCAGCCGCCGCCACCGCUGCUGGUGGAGAACCUCCCGCCGCUGCACCAGCUCACUCCGGUGGCGGCGGCGGCGCCGGCCUCCGAGCAGCUCUGCUACGUGCACUGCCACUUCUGCGACACCGUCCUCGUCGUGAGCGUGCCGACGAGCAGCCUGUUCAAGACGGUGACGGUGCGGUGCGGCCACUGCAGCAGCCUGCUCACCGUAAACAUGAGGGGCCUCCUCUUCCAGGGCACGCCGACGAACACCGCCGCGCCGCCAGCCGACGUCACUAGCACUACCACCACCAUCACCACGGAGCCGCCGGCGGCGGCGGACGCGUCGGUCAACAACGGGCAGUUCCACUUCCACCACUCGCUCAACCUCAACCCUCCCCACCAGCAAUCCCUCCUGGAUGAGAUAUCGAGCAGCGCGAACCCGAGCCUGCAGCUUCUGGAGCAGCACGGCCUCGGCGGCCUGAUCCCCAGCGGCAGGAACGCCGCGGCGCCGCCCCCGCCUCACCCGCCCGCGGCGGCGGCGAAAGGGACCAAGGAGCCAUCGCCGCGCACUAACCCCGUCGUCAACAGACCUCCGGAGAAGAGGCAGCGCGUGCCGUCGGCGUACAACCGCUUCAUCAAGGACGAAAUCCAACGCAUCAAGGCUGGCAAUCCCGACAUCUCGCACAGGGAGGCCUUCAGCGCGGCGGCCAAGAACUGGGCGCACUUUCCGCAUAUCCACUUUGGACUCAUGCCGGAUCACCAGGGGCUCAAGAAGACAAGCCUGCUACCUCAUCAGGAUCACCAAAGAAAGGACGGGCUUCUAAAGGAUGGGCUCUACGCGGCGGCAGCCAACAUGGGGGUUGCUCCAUACUAAUUACUCAAGCUUAGCUAGCAAGUUGCUACCGUUACCUAGCUGCCGAGACUCUCCUUUUAACUUGUGCCUGCUCUGAACAACCAAGCUAUAUAUCUAGUAGGGCUUACUCGAUCUUGCUCUUUGUUAAUCUGCUCUCGCUCGCUGUUGGAAUCACUGCACGUGGCUGCAAUGUUGGUCGAUCGAUCGAGCUGAUAUAGCAUUGCAGCGCGGUCAAUUAUCCUGCUCCAUUGUGUUGGUUUUUACGUUGAUCAUAUCAUGGAUGAACUCCCCUUUUUGCUUUU